UGUAAUUUGACAGCUACCAUUUUGACAGUGUUUGACAGUUUCGAAUUUUUGCUGAAAAUAGCUCAGAAAUAAGAUUAACAUCUUGCGCCCCAUUUGUCACAAUGUCAAAACCGGGGACAUCCGAAACCCAGAAACAAAUCGCUCAAAAGAACUGGGAAAUGGCCAAUAAAGUCGAAAUGGUGAACUCAGUCGACGACAUUUACCGCUACGACAAAAAGCAGCAGCAAGACAUCCUCGCCGCGAAGCCCUGGGAGAAAGAUCCCCACUUUUUCAAAGACAUCAAAAUAUCGGCGUUGGCUCUUUUGAAAAUGGUCAUGCAUGCCCGUUCGGGGGGCACCCUUGAGGUCAUGGGUUUGAUUUUGGGAAAAGUCGACGGGAAUACGAUGUUUGUUAUGGAUUCAUUUGCGUUGCCUGUUGAGGGGACUGAGACUCGGGUCAAUGCCCAAGCACAGGCUUAUGAGUACAUGAGUUCGUACAUCGAGGCUGCGAAGCUAGUAGGCCGGCAGGAGAAUGCGAUUGGGUGGUACCACAGUCAUCCCGGGUAUGGGUGUUGGUUGUCUGGGAUUGACGUAGGGACCCAGAUGCUCAACCAGAAUUUCCAAGAACCGUUCGUGGCCAUCGUUAUAGACCCCGUGCGUACGAUUUCCGCCGGGAAAGUGUGUCUAGGAGCCUUCAGGACGUACCCAAAAGGCUACAAGCCAGCAAACGAGGAACCAUCAGAAUACCAGACUAUUCCUCUAAACAAAAUUGAGGACUUUGGGGUACAUUGCAAACAAUACUAUUCGUUAGAAGUGUCGUAUUUCAAGUCGUCGCUUGAUAGAAGACUGCUUGAUUCAUUGUGGAACAAAUACUGGGUCAAUACUUUGAGCUCGUCCAGCUUGUUAACAAAUGCUGACUACACAACUGGGCAAAUUUUCGAUUUAUCUGAGAAAUUAGAACAGUCGGAAGCGGCCAUAGGCCGUGGGGGGUUCAUCGUAGGCGGCACUGAUCCCCACGAAAAACGAACCGAAGAUAAACUGUUGAAAGCCACCAAGGAUAGUUGCAAAACCACCAUUGAAAUUAUUCACGGGUUGAUGGCCCAAAUGAUUAAAGAUAGGCUCUUUAACAGCACUUCCUUGAACACUACGAAUAAUUAAAGCAUUUUAAUCCGUCUUGUUUGUUUGAAAUUAAUAAAUAUUUAUUUGUAAUCGAA